AUGCCCAAUCAACGAGAGCCGUACCUGCGUCCUGGAAUCAGGUUGACGGCCCAGAAGUUCCAGCAACAAAUGAACCGUAACCUGCCCCGUGUGGAAGCGGCAUUGAUGCAGGUGGUGGACCAACAGAAUGCGCUACAAUGCACGAGAUGCGUACAACGGUUUGGCAUGUUCUCUCAGUGUGUCUCGGUUCGCAACAUCCGUGGCCUUUCAGCCUGCGCCAACUGCCAUUGGGAAGGACAGGACGACUGUUGCCGAUAUUUGCAGCCACUCGCGACUUCUCUUCCACCUACGGCUGCCCCUGGUCCUAUCAACCCUCAUCAAGAUAACGCUUCCAUAAACUCGUCUCAAAAUCCCACACCCAACCCUUCCCAUUCUCGAUCCCACACUCCUCACCCAGAUGAUGACACAUCCGGUGACACCAUUACACAGCCUUUGCUGCGCCUGGAAAUCAUCAGGCACUUGGUUGGGCAGACGUGGUUGAUGAGGCACAGCCGAAGUAUUGAACGUCAGCUGGAGGGGCUUCGAGAUCAACUGACUGCAGCCAAUACUGCUACUACCACAACGGACCGUCCAUUGCGGCAGAUCGUGGACGAUAUUCUUGCUGCUUAUCGGGAGCUUGACCGCGGAAUUUCGCAUAACGUCUACAAUACUGUGCAAAUGAUGGAAUCCACUCGAUGGACCCAGUCUUGA